CGAACGUAGUACAAACCGUCGCGUUUCUACACUAGCGACUCAAUUAAUCUGACACGAGCUAGAACAACAGUGGAAAAUUAUAAUUACGUUUGUACAUACGAUUUUUGAGUGUUACAUUUAAAGUCGCAGUGCGGGUGAAGUGCAAACUUUGACUCGACAAAAAACGCGGGAAAGUUGACAGAUAAGUAAAACUUAUAAAACAAUACAGAACUUUUCCGAACCUUACGUACCUAACUUUUUAUAUAACAGUGAUAAUUGUACUGAAAGUGUGAUAAUUUCCCAAAGAUUGAGACUGUGAUCUGUGAUAAAAAGUGAUAGGAACUGUGUCCUGUAACAUCUGCAUUGGAUUUGUGUUCGAACUCCGACCGGGGGUUUAUCUUUAUGAAGGAAAGGAUGAAACUUUUAAACAUGGAUCGAAGAGGUUAUGCAGCAGAAGGCGCCGGGGGUGCCAACUAACAAAUUACAAAAACCGCAGAGCUCGUCUGCCGUCCGUAGAGGUUUUGCGGCGAAUUUCUUCAAGACAACCUUCAGCUCGCGCAGUAAGGCGGUCCUCAUCGCCGGCAACUCUUACUCCGUACAAGAAACUACCAAAAUAGGCAGCGCGGAGACUAAACCUGUCACAAGAAACCGACCUAGAACAGUGCCACAAGUGGACCAAAAAAUCAGGAGACGGAACAGCGAAAAGACUUUGAACCUUCGACCAGAGAAACCACUAGAGCCCACCAGGCCCCUCAGAGCUAAGCCUACCGCUCCAGACCCUGGAGGCCCUAAACCAGUUGAGAAACCAAGAAAUGAGGUUGCCAUCAACGUUGUAAAAAAAACGACCGCACCUAGUAGACCGAUAUCGACAACAGAUUCUAUUCUUCCGCCAUCUUUAAAGCCAAAAUUAUCAGAGAAAGUGAAACUAAAACGUGAGAAAUAUGUGAACAACAACAGUGUUUGGACAAACGCUAACAUUUUGAAGAGUGAGAAGAAACCGUUGAUUAGUGUACGAGGACCAAGUCAGGGGAAGCAAGAGUCUACACUAAAAGGCGCCCCGUCAGUCUCCAGCCUCGAUUCAAAGCACCACAAAGUCGCGCCGGCAAGAGAAAAGACCCUAAAAAUAUUCGGCUCGAAAGAGAAGCUCCAUAAAGCACACAAAAAGAGGGAUUUGGGGAACAAUAAUGCGGUGUUAGAAGAUCCUGAGCUAAGAGAGAGUUUGGAGGGAUACGAAGAUGGGCAGGUGCGGACUCAUGAUUACGGUAGUGCGGAGGAGCUGGGAGCGGGGUCCGUAGAUGAGAGGAGUUCUCAAGAGUGCAUCAGCCUACCGGUUAUGCUAAAUGCUGACCACAUGCCGGGCUUCCAAGAGGUUGAGCUAAGGCCUAGGCUACCUUCUGAGGCGUCGCUGGCAUCUGGAGUGCGAGAGCUGGAGUCACUGCGGAGACAGCUGGAGGCAAGCAUGAUGGAGCGAGCGCAGUUGGGCGCGCGGGUGGAUGAACUACUGGAGCGAGCUAACGAGGCGGAUAGAUUACGGUCUGAGCUCGAACGGUUAAAGUUGAUAGAAGUGGAGCGGGAGUCGACGCUCGAGCGGCUCGCGGAUGAGAACGGGACAUUGCGCGCGCGGCUCCGCGGCGUGGCGCACUCUCCGCUCUCCGACAGUGAGAAGCGGCAACUGUUGCUGGCGCCGGCGCCGCGCCGCAUGCACUCCUCCGCGCCCGCCUCCAUAGCACUCGCCCACAAUGGUGAAGGAGACAGCGGCGAGGCUAGCACGCCGGAAUGGGACAAACACUCUUCUUCAUCGCUCAGCGAAGUUUCCGUCGCCUGUUUACAAGAUCGAAUCCUGCAAAUGGAAGAGCAUCAUUACAGCACGAGCGAAGAACUACAAGCAACCCUGGCCGAGCUUGCCGAUCUUCAGUCACAGUUGGCUGAUGCGCACGCCGACAACGAGAGGUUGGCUGACGAGAAGCAGGUCCUAUUGGAAUCCUUGUGUCGACAGACUGAGAAACUUGAAGAUAGCCGGACGAAGGUGGACACACUCCAAGAGUUGCUGAUGAGGGAGGGGGUAGAGCCAGAAACUGUAAUCUCCGGAGACACAGAUCAGCAGUUGUUUGCUGUUUUAAAAGUGUCCCAAGAGGAAAGAAGAUUGCUACAAAAUAAGCAGGAGCAACUUGUAGCUGAUCUAACGCUUACUAAAACGGCGUUAGAAGAGAAAACCAAAGAAAACGAAACCUUGACUGAAAAAAUUAGGAGCCUAGAAGGUGCCGUGGAGAGGUUGGAAGCGGAGCGGUCCCAUUGGGAGCAGGAGGCAGGCUCGGCGAGAGAGGCGGCUGCGGCCAGGCAGCAUCAGAUCACAACCCUCGGGGAACUUCUCGAAGCUGCCAAAGCCCAGCUGGCGGGCGCGGCGGAGGGCGCUGCGCAGGCGGAGGCGGCGGCCACUGCGGCGGCCCGGCGCGAGGCGGACGCGGCCGCUGCGCGUGCGCACACGCUCGCCGAGAGACUCGCGCAUGCGCAGAGACAGCUGGACAGGGCGCACUCGGACGCGAGGAAACUACACGAUGACGCGCUCGUAUCAAGAAAUAAUGCCAAAUCUACGAUCUCAGAACUAGAAUUCCAGUUAGAGCAGUUGCGGCAGGAGAAAUCCGCGCUUCAGGGAGAAUUGCAGACUUUACAAGAGAACAGCUCCGAACUGCAAAUACAGGUACAAGUGGCAACUGAUGAGAAGUUAGCAUUGAUGAGCAGGACGGGUGAAGCGUUGGGACGGGUCGCUGACUUGGAGCGUCAGUUGCAAGAUGCGAGAACGAGGCUUGCUCAGGUCACGAGGGACAGAGAGAGAGAUGAAACCGAAUGGAAACAGUUCCAGAGCGACUUGCUCAUGACAGUCCGAGUCGCCAACGACUUCAAGACGGAAGCCCAAAGAGAACUCGAGAGACUCGUCUCUGAGAACAAGGCGUCUAGAGAUCGCAUACGACUGCUAGAAGACCAAAUACACUCGAUGAAAGGUGUUGAAGUGGAAGGAUCUCUGGAUAGUUCAUACAGUUAUUCCGACGACGGAAAACAACUAUCAAAAGAUUCCGAUUCUCUAAGCGACAGUUCAUCCAAAGAAGUGUUCAGAAAUAUUCGAACACGUUAUUUGUCGAGAGUUCACAGCGUUAACGAACUUACAAAGGAUAGAAGUCUGGUUGAUCAGGCAUUUUUUAAACUAAACAAUGCCGUACCUCAGAAUGACUCUUUAGAAAGUGCGGCUAUAAAUUCCAAAAUUCAAAUUGAAAAUGUUACAAUGGAUGCGACCGAUGAUGAUGAUGUUAUUACGAGUCCGUCGAGGUCAGAUGAUUUUUCCACAAACACUUUUGCUGAAGCUGUUCUACCUUUAGGACCCAAGGAGUUAAAAAGGCAAAACGCUAUUGAUGUUUGUGUCUCAAAUAAUGAUUUUGAUGAUCCUGCUAAUACAAUAAAUGAUUAUGCUAAACAUAAUUCAAAGUCCGAAUCAAAUGGACCUGGGAACCGUCGAGAAAGAACCAGUUUUAGUAGAAAUCUCUCUGGCUUGUUAAACGGUAAACCCAAGUCUUAUAGUACAGACAAUCUUAACGUAAACGAAGAGUUUGAAAACGCUUUAAAAGAGGCUACUAGCAUAGAAUUUAUAGGUGACAGUUUUGACGUUAGUAAUACGUCUAUAUUUAGUGAAGGAUCAGAUUGCGUUUUUCAUCCCUACUUAGAAACCAAUAAUAAUGUUAUUCAAGAAAUUGAUAAAGAAAAUAAAAAUAAAUUGAACUUGAAAGAAACUAAUGCGAAUCGAUGUAAGAUACCCAUUGUAAAAGCGGAAAGUAUUCUUCCCUAUCCUUAUCCUGAUGAUAUAAGGGAUAGAAAAAGUGAAACAGAUGAUUUAACUAAUAUAUUUAUACAGCCGUUAAAAUGUAAUGUUAAUGUGGGUAACUCUAUCGAGAAUGAUCUUAAAAAGGUUAACGAAGAACUUAAAGUCAAUUUUAAAGCAGCACUCGAUAGAAUUAUUGGUAGCAAAAAAGAAAAACACAUGCAGCCUUCGCAGAAAAUUAACAAUGUACCAAACAUCACUGAAAUAUCCAAUUUUGAAAUAGUUGAUGUGAAUUUAGAUAUAACGAAUACUACCAAUGCAAAACGCUUUUCUACUUUCAAAGGUGACGAUAGCAAUAAUGGCAAAGAAAACUUAACUCCGACAUCAAGAGUAAUAAAAAUUGAAGAACCUUCCGAGUCUAAUCUAUCAUUAAGUUGUGAAGAAAUCUCCGACGAAGAAAACAUAAAAAGCGUAGAUAAUUUUGAACAAAACUCUAUGGAUUAUAAGCCUUCACUUAUUCAAAUCAGUAAUGAGUCUUUUGUUGUUCAGAAUCAUCGUAUUGAAGAAGACCUAAAAGAGGAUUUGCAGAUUUCAAUUUCGGGAUCAAAAUUUGAAGAGAAAAGUACAAAUUUGGAAAACAAGUAUUCAACAAAAUCAGCUCACGAUCUGGAAACAGACCUCGACCCUCCAAUUGAUGAUAACGUAAGCUAUCACUUAAAAAUAAAUACUGUCAGUGAUUACACGCCCCCUAGUUUACCUAAUGAAGUAGCCACUAACAAAGAUAUUGCAAACAUUGAAAAGGAGAAGGUCCGAAAUAAAGUCAAAACUAUUCUUUCUCCUAUCAAUAUAAUAAACGUAAAUGUUGAUCGUCCAUCGUCCCCGAUAAUAUUGACGCCUGUAUUAAUUCAACCGAUAUUUUUUAAACCAAAUCAUUCAGUUUUAGAAGUCGAGAAAAACUUAGAAAACAAAAAAGGAAUGGUUUAUUAUAAUGAUAUAGAUCAAGUUAUUACUAAAGAAAACCAAAAUCCAGAUAUUGCUAUAGAACACAUAAAUGAAAAUGAAAAUAAGAAAAAAGGUAUUUACAACAAAAAUAUUAAACUUAAACCUCUUGCGUUUUUUCCAUUAAGAAAAGUUGGAUCUAGUGAAACUGAAAUAGAUACGAAAUCUCCAUCACCAAGUAGAACAAAGCCUGUAGGUAGACUGUCGAAAACACCUGAAUGGUUAAUUGAUAACCAAUAUUAUCAGCCAAUGGAAAAUAUUCCUUUCGUAAUCAAUACAGCACAACAUUUUGUAAAACCCAGUGUCUUAAGAGAAAAUCAUAGAACCAAUAUACUAAAUACAAAUCCAUUUUUACAACAUAAUAAAUAUAAUAAGGAAGCGGACCAAGAAAAUUAUUAUGAAGAAAUUGGGCAACCAAUAACAGUGAUUCCAGCCAGUAAUGUAGCAGACGAUGACAAAAUAUCUAAUAAAACUUCGCCGCCCGACGAUUUUCCAUGCAUAAAUCGCGAGGAACUUUUAAAAGUGCCACGGAGACCCAAAAGGAAGAAAAGGCACGAUUCUCACUCUCCAACGGGGCCUUCAAAAGACAACAGAAGCGCUGAAAACGCGAUUUCUUGUAUAACAAAAUCUGUUAUAUCCUUAUCACGUACACCGAGUGCAAAUGAGAUAAUCAUUAAAAGAACAACGGGAUCAGUUGGUGAUAUCGUUCAAAGUUUGGAAAAGGGUCAACAAGUUGAAUCGAGGACUGCGCCCGAACCACCACCUAGAAAAUUCUCUUUGCAAGGGCAAUCUGCUCCGAAUAUAGAACCCGAUACAGGUUCUCUGCCUCGAUUAAGAAAAACCUACCAUUGGAAGACUCUGGAGCAUAAGAGGCUUUCGCAUCCAAUAAGGUCGCUUAAUGAUUCACCGCCGUCGCGACCUCUACCAAUGCCUCCACGCACUGAAGAUACACCACCCCCUCCCUUGUUGUCAAGCGCUUCGUUACAAGAUAUCAUGGCUACUGCCGCGUCUCACCGGCGGACCAAAGGUGUCAGCCGGCAAGAUUCGCGACUAUCCGUGAAAUCUCUCAUAGAGAGUAUAGAGAACGCAGCGAAGGCAGCUAAGCAGUCGCCGGCGACCACGCCUGUGACGGAAUGGCCGCAGGUGCAGACCGCUGGAGGCGGGACGACAACAACAAAUAACAUGAAAAACGGCAUGUCCGAAACUUCGCCACCUUCCACAAACGGCAUGUCAGCGACCAACUUCGCGGCCAAACCCCCAGCACCAAGGAACAACAGGCAGUCACCUAUAACUACUGAAUCUUCGGCGACUGCGGCCACAAUGUCGAACAUGGCCAACAUGGCCAAUAUGGCCAACAUGAGCAGCAUGGCCAACAUGCCCGACGAACAGCGAGCGCUCGCUUCGCUGCAGCAGAAAGCCAUGGAGUCGUUCGUACGCCGGAACAGCUAUGGCGAUAUAUGUGAGAGAAAAGACCCUCUGAACGCUCUGCAAGUUAAAAACGGUGGAUCAAAGCGUAACGCCCUUCUCAAAUGGUGUCAACAGAAGACGUUGGGAUACAACAACAUUGAUAUAACUAAUUUUAGUUCGUCAUGGAACGACGGCAUGGCGGUGUGCGCUCUACUGCACUCGUACCUUGGCGAGUCGCGAAUCCCGUACGCGUCGCUGUCGCCGCACGACAAACGCACCAACUUCUCCGUGGCCUUCGCGGCCGCCGAGUCCGUGGGGAUACCCACCACUCUGAAUAUUCAAGACAUGAUCCAACAAGAGAGACCAGACUGGCAGCAGGUGAUGGCAUACGUGACCAGCAUUUACAAACAUUUCGAAACUUAGUUACUUAGGUACUUUACGAUACAAUAUAUGCCUCAUUUUUUGAGAUGAUCCGUAUGGAUGGAUUUUCCGAUGGAUUUUCUGUAUAGUUUGUUUUUUCUUGCACAUUCAUUAUUGAAAGGUUUACAGUUUUGUUUGACCAUAAAAUGUCGAGUCUAAGAUACGGCAAAUUAAAUAGAUAAAUAAAAAUAAUUCAUUAAAUAAAUAAA